CGACGUGAACCGCAGGAGCUGCCGGAAGUGCUGCUCGGCUGACUGUCAUGGCGCUGAGCAGCCUCUCGGGGUCGCUCCCGGAUUCUGUGGCCCCAGACAUGCAGAAUGUGAAGCAGAUGUCGGGAGAGCAAGUUUCCCGGCUCAGCAAAGUGAUAUUUUCUUUUUUGAAAGAACAAGAGGCGGCAGAAUUUUUUACAUCUCAGCUCGGUGAAUUUGCCAAGGACAACGGCAUUAGUCUGGGGCCUUUGAAAAGCAUUGUGAAAAGUGUUCUCCUUGUUCUGAAUGGUGCUCUGAGAAGAAAUCUUUCAGCUGAACAACUUAAAGCAGACUUUCUAGCGUUGGGUCUUGAUGAAGAAAAGGCUGGCUAUUUUGCAGAUGAGUGGAGCCGAGAUGCGUCUGUUUUAACGCAGCUGGUGGUUGGUCGCACCUUAAGUAUUAAUCAGCUGGUGGACAUGGAAUGGAAAUUUGGAGUAACUACAGCAAGCAGCGAGUUAGAGAAAGCUGGAAGUAUCUUUCUACAACUGAAGAUGGUUACUAAAAGAGGAAACAAGCCUGAACCUGUUUAUGUGGAGCUGACCUUGCCGCAGUUUUACAGCUUCCUGCAUGAGAUGGAGCGGGCGAAGAGCAGUCUCGAGUGCUUUACAUGACGAGGCGCAGCAAGACGUCUGUGAACUGGAUUCCUGAAUAACAAAUGUUUGAAGACCAAAUCCUUCUGUAUCCCCUCCCCUCACUCUAUAGGAAAGUGAAAUAUCGUGCUGCCUGUCAGUGCGGCCGCACGCUGAGUUUGUGGGAAGAAAUCUGAACCACAAAUAAACUGUACAGUGGGUUCGUUAAUUCUGGAACCUGUUCUAGAACAAAGUAAAAUCUCUCCUCUUCUGUGUUUGCAUACAAACAGUGCAUAUAUGGAUGUAGAUGUCGAUAUUCUACGUGUACAGAUUAUGGGCUGUUAAAGCUGCUAGCACAUUCCUGUUUAGUAGAGGUUACAAUAUAUCACUCUGUGCUGUUUUCUCCUUCAAGCUGGGACUCGUUUUGUACCACUGUUAGGGAGGAAAUGAAGGCUGAUUUCCUUUGAUACAUUGUGAUAUAGGGGUCAGAUCUUGCCCCCCGUGGGAGUUUUAGUCCUAUACGCAAUCCCCACUUCUUGCUACAAUUGCAGACUCACACAUUGUUCUCCUUCCUUAAAUUUCCUCCCUCGGUUAUUCGACGGACAGACUGAGCCUCUGCUAUGAUCGUGGCUCACAAUCGCUGUUUGUUCAGGGAAAACCCAGCACUUAUUGUCACUCUGGGUAGCCUUACCUCAACCCUGUCUGUUGUAUCUGAUUCUCUCUGGAUGAACUUGGUCAGAAAUAUAUAUUCUAUUCUAUUC